GCUCUGGCUCUGGCCCUCUCUCUCUCUCUCUCUCUCUCUCUCUCUCUCUCUCUCUCUCUAUAUAUAUAUAUAUAUAUAUACAAACUUAUAUAGAUUGUGAAUUAGGGCUUUGUGUUGAGUAGUGUUGUGAGUUUGUGUUGAGUUUGAUUUGAAGAAGAAAAAGGAAAUGGACGGAAUUGAUCACUUAGCUGAUGAGAGGAACAAGGCUCAGUUCGAUGUUGAUGCCAUGAAGAUCGUUUGGGCUGGUUCUCGUCAUGCCUUCGAAGUCUCCGAUCGCAUUUCCAAGCUCGUCGCCGCCGAUCCUGGCUUCCGUAAAGAUAACAGACCUAUGCUUGGCAGAAAUGAGUUAUUCAAAAAUACUCUUAGAAAAGCAGCUUAUGCUUGGAAAAGGAUCAUUGAGCUCCAUCUCUCUGAGGAAGAGGCUGCUAAGUUAAGGUUUUAUGUGGAUGAACCUGCUUACACUGAUCUUCACUGGGGAAUGUUUGUACCUGCUAUAAAAGGGCAAGGCACUGAAGAGCAGCAGCAGAAAUGGUUGCCAUUGGCAUAUAAGAUGCAAAUUAUUGGCUGCUAUGGACAAACUGAACUCGGUCAUGGUUCCAAUGUGCAGGGCCUUGAAACCACUGCAACAUUUGAUCCUCAGACUGAUGAGUUUGUUAUUCAUAGUCCUACAUUGACUUCAAGCAAAUGGUGGCCUGGUGGGCUGGGUAAAGUGUCCACGCAUGGUGUUAUUUAUGCACGUCUUAUAACAGAUGGUCGUGACCAUGGAGUGCAUGGUUUUAUUGUCCAAUUACGGAGCCUGGAAGAUCACUCGCCUCUUCCAGGCAUAACUGUCGGUGAUAUUGGAAUGAAAUUUGGAAAUGGAGCAUACAACACCAUGGACAAUGGGGUCUUAAGAUUCGAUCAUGUGCGUAUCCCAAGAGAUCAGAUGUUGAUGAGGGUUUCACAGGUUACGCGGGAAGGGAAAUAUAUGCAGUCUGAUGUUCCCAGGCAGCUAGUUUAUGGUACUAUGGUAUAUGUUCGACAAACAAUUGUAGCCGAUGCUUCCUGUGCUCUAUCACGGGCAGUUUGUAUUGCUACAAGGUAUAGUGCUGUUCGUAGACAGUUUGGAUCACAGGAUGGAGGACCCGAAUCCCAGGUGAUCGAUUACAAAACUCAGCAAAAUAGGCUCUUUCCUUUGCUGGCUUCGGCUUAUGCCUUCAGAUUUGUUGGUGAGUGGUUGAAAUGGUUGUAUACGGAUGUGACCCAAAGAUUGCAAACCAAUGAUUUCUCGACAUUGCCUGAAGCCCAUGCGUGCACUGCUGGUUUGAAGUCUGUGACGACUACUGCUACUGCUGAUGGUAUUGAAGAGUGCCGAAAAUUAUGUGGCGGCCAUGGCUACCUUUGUACCAGUGGGCUUCCUGAAUUAUUUGCCGUUUAUGUCCCUGCCUGUACAUAUGAAGGAGACAAUAUUGUGCUUCUUUUACAGGUUGCAAGGUUUCUCAUGAAGACUGUUUCCCAGCUCGGGUCUGGCAAGAAACCAGUUGGUACAACAUCUUAUAUGGGACAAAUUGAGCAUCUAAUGCAAUGCCGUUCCAAUGUUCAAAGAGCUGAGGAUUGGUUAAAGCCUAGUGCAAUAUUGGAAGCAUUUGAGUCAAGAGCUGCUAGAAUGUCUGUUGCCUGUGCUCAAAAUUUAACCAAGUUUACAAAUCCAGAAGAAGGCUUUGCGGAACUCUCAGCUGAUUUGGUGGAGGCCGCAGUUGCUCACUGCCAAUUAAUUAUAGUUUCCAAGUUCAUCGAGAAAUUGUUACAAGACAUUCCUGGAAAGGGGGUCAGAGAACAAUUAGAGGCGCUCUGUAACAUCUAUGCACUCUUCCUUCUUCACAAGCAUCAAGGUGAUUUUCUCUCCACCGGCUGUAUCACCGCCAAGCAGGCUUCACUUGCAAAUGAUCAGCUCCGAUCUUUGUAUUCUCAGGUUCGUCCAAAUGCAAUUGCUCUUGUUGAUGCAUUUAACUACACUGACCACUUCCUUGGCUCGAUACUCGGCUGCUAUGAUGGAAAUGUAUAUCCGAAACUCUACGAGGCAGCGUGGAAAGAUCCUCUGAACGAUUCAGUUGUGCCUGAGGGCUACCAUGAAUACAUCCGCCCAUUACUGAAGCAAAAUCUCCGUACUGCCAGACUCUGAAAGAACUUUGUCCGACUGAUACAUCUGAAAUUUCGCUCUCAUGUAUUGCUAAUAAAGCUACCUGUUUGUUGCCCUUCAAAUAGGGAAGGUUUAAGGUAGAUUAAUGGGAUUUUUUUCGUGUUGGUUGAUAGAACAAUACUAUUUAUCAUUAUGGUGAAAUUGGCUCCAAGAAUUGUUCAAUAAGGAUUAUAUAUCCCUUAAGAUAUGGCUCGUGUUUGAAUCUUGAAUGUGAAUAUUUCUCUCUUUUCUUCAACAAA